AUGGAUCCCCCCACUGCAACUUCCGCCGCAGGCACCAUUCACCACCCUGGUACAGACAUGAGUUCUCCAUGGAAACCUCAAAGCAUAUCCUUCUUCGAACUCCCCACGGAGGUCAGAUUUCUGAUCUACAGUUUCCUAACAGCCCCCGACAAGGAGCUGUACGAAUUCAUGGUAGUCCCGCCUAUUAAAGACCCAGGCAGCCUGAAGCACGACUACCUGAAAGAACAGCUGGAUGGGCUGAAGAAGCUGGGAAGAAUUUGCCAGGCUAUUCGUCAUGAAGUCUACAACGAAUUCUUCCACCACACGCAGAUCUACCUGCGUCACGAGCCCUGGGAAAAUCUGGAUGGCGCCUAUUAUUCGGAUGAGUACCAGCAGGGCCUCGACGUGCUCAUCAAGAACCCGAUUCUUGCCACGCAUACCAAGCACGUCUACUGGGCUUUGAUGCUUGACAAAGAUGAGGAGGAUAUCGACAAUUGGAAGCACCGAGGCAUUCGCCUGUACGAUUCGGAGUACGAGGUGCGCCUGACCAAGAAGGACGUGCCUUGGCCGUGGGAGUCAUAUACCUUUGUCAUGGACAUGCCAAAUCUGACGACCCUCCAUAUCGACGUGGAGUGCUACAAGGACUGGCGGGACUUGCAACAAAUGCAGUCUCGAUGCAUGGCUGCGCUUUGGGAAUGGCCUACGAUGAAGAAGCUUACUCUUCGCCUCAGAUUCAAGACAGCCAAAGGCAUUGUGAGGAAAGCAUUCCGUUCGCGGUGGGUAAAGCAAGGACGCCCAAAGGAGCGGUUGACGAGGAACAUCUUGAACCAUCUCCUGACACUGCCCGAGGUAUGUUUUCUUCUCCUGACUAUCACAGUCUUGGCCCCAUACCCCCCCUCCACCUUUACUCCUUGA